CGGAAGUAGAUUAAUCACAACAAACAAUUAACUUUGAAAUGUUGGUUAUUUCUGCUAAAACUUUCAUAAUGCUAAGUGACAGGAUGCGAUGUUAUUAAAUAUGCCACCAAAACAACCCACUUAUGUCAGACCUACAAUAGCAAGUGCUUCUAGGGCUUCUUUUAAUGAUGAAAAAAAGAGAAUAGAUAAGGUCGAAAAGGAAAAUACAGUUCGCAGAAGGACGACUUUGUUGAAAAUAGAUCUUAAACAUGAAAAUAAUCAUGUUUUUCAACGGGAGACAUAUGAUGAUGAAAAAAAUCAAUGGACUUGUAAAGACACCAAUGAAACUGUCAGUGGGACAGUAACCAAAACUGGCAAAAAUGUGACAUCUUCAACACAAACCCCUUCAACACAAAGGAAAGAGGGAAAAGAAAGUUCAGUUGACCCUGCCAAAUAUGGGGCAACUGGUGGAACUUCUAAAGGAUCUGGACAAAGCAGAGAAGUUUCAACCAAAGCAGGGACAAGGGAUAGCUACGGAAGAAAUGUUUCAUUAUUUAGUCAUGAGAAACCACUGUCUUAUGGUGCUGAGCCAUAUGGAUACAAAGUGUUAUCACCUGCUGAAGCAAGACAUUACCGUGACAAUGUGGACUUCUAUAAGAAUGUAAUCCGCUCAAAACCACUUCCAGGACACACAAUUGAAGACAUGUUGAAGUGGAAAGGAAAUUAUGAAAUGCUUGAAAGGAACCAUAGCUACAUUCAGUGGUUGUUUCCUAUACCAGAGAGUAAUGGUUUGAACAUGUAUGCCCAGCAGCUUUUUGAACAUGAAGCAAAGGCUAUCAGAGAAGAUGAUGGGGCACAGAAGCGAGUUUUAAGGGCUUAUAAAAUGAUGCUGGACUUCUAUGGAAUGAAGUUAAAAGACAAUAUUUAUGGACUGGUGGCGAGAUCAGAUAAAGGCUGGCAAGAUAGAUAUGAGCAUCUUAACAGGUCACGGCACAAUCUGUUACGUGUAACGAGAAUUUUGAAGUCAUUAGGCGAACUUGGUUACGAACGCUUUCAAGCUCGUUGGGUUGAAUUUUUAAUCGAUGAGGCAGUGAUAAACAGAGUACUACCGAAUCUCAAUGGUCCAUGUCUAAUGCACUGGGUUAUGGCGGUAAAAGAUGACGGGGAGCGAGAAAUGUUGUACAGGAAGGCUAACGGUUUAGACAUAGAUGAACAUAAUACUCAGUAUGGUUCAGAUUCUGAAUCUGGAAGCGGAGAUGAUGAGAUUGAAGAAAAGUUAAAAUAUGAUAGACCAAAUAUUUCAGCUGAACCUGAUUUGUCUGAGCUAAAUCUUGACAAUAAUGGAAUUGAUCAGAAAGGUGCUCAGCAAAAUAAACAUUCUGGUGACCAAAAAAUUAAUAUGCAGACAGAUAAGGCUGUUAAUUCUAUGAUUACCAGUCCUCUAUCGAAACCACAAAUGGUAAAACCUAACGAUAUUUCUUUGAGAGAUCAAUCAAAACUAUUUAAAGAUGAUAAAACAUCAGUUGAUGCUAAAGCAGCAAACAGUUCUUCUUCUCUUGGUGUAAAGCCUAAGACAGAAAAGCAGAACAAACAGCAAGCAAGGGAUGAAACUGAUAAAAGAUCAAUUGAUGAUGCCACUCUUCAUGAUAAGGUUACUGAAGGAACUGAUUUACCAAGUGACAACUUGAAAUUUUAUAGAAAUGAGAUAUUAUCAAGACCUGCAAGUGGUUUUAACAUUAAGACUAUGCUGAAAUAUAAAGGCGAGUAUGACUUCUUUGAUGAAAAAUAUCCAGAAUUCAUUCAAUGGUUAUUUCCAGUUCCUGAUUCUGUAGGAAGAAACAGGGAAGCCCAGCCACUUUAUGAACAUGAAGCAAAGGAAAUAAGAUGUGAUGAUAAAUUACGUGAACGUGUUCUGAAAGCAUUUAAAAUGAUGUUGGACUAUUUCGGGAUGACCCUUGAUGCGGAUUGUGUCGGAAUAUUUGGAAGGUCAAAGAAUUAUAAGGAAAGAUAUGAUUAUUUGCAAAGGUACCCAAUCAGUUACUACAGAAUCACGCGAAUCAUCAAAUCGAUAGGAGAACUGGGCUUUGACAGAUUUCAAGUACCAUGGAUAGAUUUUCUGAUCGAAGAGGGAAUUGACAAAGCAAUGUUUCCAACACUAAAUGGACCGUGUAUACAACAUUGGAUUAAUGCUAUAAAAGACGAUGGAGAAAAGCAUGCUAUGGUUGUGAAGCAUAAAGAUAAACUUGAUCUUAAAGCAGUUGAUGAUAGAGGAGAAGAAAUGGAUGUCUGUUGGGAUGAUGAAGAAACGAAUGCCGGGCGAAUCUCCCCACUUUUCUAUUGUGCUGAUUGUGCUUCAUCGUCAAAAGCUAGGUGGAUACCCUGAUAGAAAAACAUUUAAUAUUAAAGACAUACUAUGCUCAAUUUCGAUAAUAGAAAAUAUUGGUAAAUGCUACACUGUCCCUUUGUAUAUAUAAGAUAAACAUAUUUUGACU